AGAAGUUCCCCACAGGUGCCGAAUCAGCUGUUGGUCCAUAGCUCGCUAGCAAGUUACCCCCCUUUAUUAUCGAUAGUCUUUUAAUUUAGAGUUUUUUCCCCCCGAAAGGAUCAUUAUAUUUAUCCGCCUCUUCCCGCCUGAGCUUGCAGUAACUUAGCCUCAGUGCUAGCAUCUCUACGGGGAGCCGUCACAGCCCGUCAUGAAGAAGCCGCUUGGUUUACUGUGGGGCAGAUGGCUGGAAUAAAACCCGGGCGCGAGGAGGAGGAAAAGGAGCCGGUCCUGACCGACACCGGGGACAGAGCCCCUCUGGUUGGAGAUGGUUUGCCAGCUGAGAAAGUGAUGGCUACAGCUCCAGAGAGAACUCUGCACAGGCUGAGCCCCAUAUCUGAACUUGACUCAGGAGAAAACAAAGAAGAUGAAGGAUCUGCUGGGUCCUCUUAUUCCUACUGCUCUGUGACCGACUCGUCCUCUACAAACUCCUUUUCUGACUCUCAGGAUGCUGAAGAUGCCUGUGCAGGGAUCAUUCUCAACUGCCUCUUCUGCCGGUUCUACGAUCUGUGCGUCACGCUGCCGGAAGCGUGCGGGAGAGCGGCUUAUCACCUCUGUCCUUCGUACAGGUAUUUUUCAGCCCCCUUAGAGCCGGCGCACAGCAGUGACUGGAACUGCCACUGUGACUUUGACUGUGGCCUGUUCGACGCCUGCCAUGAAACGAGCGAGUGCCUGGAGCUGGCCAUGGAGAUUUCAGAGAUUUGUUACCGCUAAAUCUAAAGCCAGGACUGCAGACUGUACUUGUAUUAAAGCUGGUUCACAGAGCAUUGUUUUGUCUAUAUCCACCAUCAGCGUUUGCAAAAUAAAAUCCAGAUCUUGCCUCGUUGCAGCGCACGAGGCGAUGGGAGGCUCUGCUGAUUUCACUCAAAC